AUGGUAAGACCCAUAGCCCUUAACACGGCUAAUUUAAACUGUAUUAUAUAUCGCAAUAAAGGAACAACCCUUAAUUCACUCAAUUUAAACAAAAACAUACACAAUAUUUGUAAUAUACAAAGUAUUAGUUCCUUAAAUAAAAGGAAUUAUCUUAAAUCGCACUCAAUUCACUCUAAAAUUUUAAAACGUGAUAUAUCAUCAUCACAAAUAUGUUUUAAGAGUUUGGAUUCUUCCACACAGGAACCUUUGAAGAAACCAAAAUCAUUUUUUUCAAUAGGCUCUGAAGUUUCUUCGACAGAAACUCCCUUUAUUUUAGAUAAAAUCACUCCUAUUCAUAGCGAUGAAUCUAUUAAUAUUCCUAAUGUCGAUAAGGAUAAGAUAGUUGAGGGUUCUAAGGAUGAUUCAGACGUUUUGCUUAGGAAUGUUAAGUCUGUAGUAUUUGAAAGAGCAGAGGAUAUAUCAAAGUGGCUGAGAACUAAUAAGCAAUCCUUUCUGAAGAACAUAGAGGAGCAAGUAAUUCAUUUGUUUAGAAAUGCAGAGAAAUUCUCAUCAAUACAUGGACUUUUGCUAGCUGAUGUUUCUCCAGAUGACUUUAAAUCACACGUUGAUAGCGUAAAAUCAAUUUCAAACCUGUUUUCUCCACAGUUUAUAAGGAAACAAAAGAAGAAACUUUACAAGGAUAAUGAUCUGCCAUUACUGUGUCCAACUCAAAAUGAUAAAACAGACAUAACAUCAGAAACCUCAGAAGAUGUUAAUUUUGAGUCAGUUUUGAGUCAGAAAAGACAAGAGCUUAUAGAGAAGCUGAGCUUUAGUGAAGCAUUGGAGACAGCAAAGGUAGAAGCGUCGAAUUUACUCGAUUUUAAACACCCGUCUGAAUUGUCAUCACUUUCUAGCACUUGCACACGGUGGAUUCAGGAUAUUUCACAAUUCAUUAAAAAGGACAGAGAGAAGGGCGGAACCUUUGUAAUACCACUGGAACUGGAGGAAGAAAUACUGGCAACCACAACAGUGAAGAUAGUUCUCCAGUCAAUGUGUUUCCCCUCAUACACAUUGGACUCCAGAGGUAAUAAGGGUGGAUUGUUGAAGAAAAGAAUACAGCAAACGAAUAGUAACCAGAUUCUAAUCUCACAUUUAGCGAUAAAACUAGGAGACGAAAUAGGGAAACUAUACAAUAAUUUGAUAUUGAAUAACAAAGAGGCAGAAAAUGUUUCAAAUUUGGAAAAUUCGGGUAAAAAAGCUAAUACAGAUUCUAUUAAUAGUAUUGGAAGUUUAGAAGUCAGCUCAGAUGAAAAACUUGAAAAAGAUUGUAAUCAAGAGGAUUUUAUUGAGAUAAAGAGUGCGGGAAAUGGCGCUGAGAGUAAUGAUAGGGUGGUGGUAAAAUCGAGCCUUAACGCAGUGAUUGAGCCUCUGAAUAGUACGAACAGAAGCCAGAAAAAUUGGAAUAGUUCUCAAUCAGCGGCGGCUGGAGGAUACCUGUUAAACGCAUUAAUCAAGUCAUGUAGGAUAGAACUUGACCUCCAAACUGCACUAAAACAGUACUUAUCGAACUAUUCAUGCUAUGUAAAUCAGUCAAUGGAUAUUAAAACACCAAAGCUUAUUACUUCCAACUCAAGUCAAAAUGAUUCAUCAGAUGAUAGUCAAGAAAGUGAUUCCCAAGGGGGUGGUGAAAGUAGAGUUGGAGAAAUUAGUGUGAGAGAUAAAGCUUCAGUGGUUGGUGGGAAAAGUGGUUUAGGUGAUGAUAAGUUGCGUAUAAUAAUGAGAUUUUUAAACGUGAUUAAGAAGAGCAGGUUCAACGAAUCGUUGGUGGAGGUGGAGGCAUUCAGGCACGUGCUUCUGAGACAGGGCGUGAAGACCUUUGGAGUCCUUGAAAUGAGAGAAAGCUGUAUGCUAAAGCUAAGAGAUUUUGUAGCAAAGAGCCUAGUGUCAUUGGCAGCAUUGCCUAUGGUUUGCAAGCCUAAAAGAUGGAUUAAUGCAACAACAGGAGGAUCGAUACUGCUGAAGCAUAACUUUAUAAGAGGAAGUAAACUGAACGAAGUUAAGGUUUAUGACCUGGGAAAUGUGUUUGAUAUAGUAAACAAAUUCUCACAAGUGCCUUGGAUAAUUAAUAGACAAAUGCUAAACCUUAUUAAACACAUUUGUAGCAGCCAAACUGAUAUGCAAAUAAAGCAACACCUGCCAGUAAAUACAACGACGAAUAUUAUGGAAAACAUCAACACCAGUAUCUCUAACAUUACAAGUUUGAGUAGUAACGAGUUGAGUGAGCUUUCACUGUUUUUGAGGAGAAUUAAGAUAGCAGAUGCGUUCGCAAAUGAAAAGAGGUUGUAUAUGCCGUUGAACAUCGAUUUCAGAGGAAGAAUGUACCCAUUGUCGCCGUACCUAAACCACAUGAACGACGACCUUUGCAGAAGCCUGCUACUCUUUUCAGAAAAAAGAAAGCUGGGAAAUAGAGGACUUUUCUGGCUUAAGGUGCACUGCAGUAAUAUGUACGGAAACGACAAGAUAAGCUUUGAAGAUAGGGUUAAAUGGGUUGAUGAACACAUCGCGAUAAUCACAGAGCUUGUAAAGAGUCCGUUUAAGGAUUUUAACCAGAAUUUCUGGGUUAAAGCGGAUAAACCAUUCCAGUUCUUUGCGUCAUGUGUUGAACUAGUGAGGGCAAUAGAGUCAAAUAAUCCAGAUGAGUACAUGACGCAUCUGCCAAUACAACAAGACGGUACAUGUAACGGAUUACAACACUACGCAGCUUUGGGGUUAGAUGAAAGAGGAGCAAAAUACGUCAACUUGGUGAAUUCUGAGCAACCACAGGACCUCUACACUCACAUACUACAACUAAUUAUACAGAAGGUAUAUAAUGAUCUUAACUAUACUAACAGUACAGUGAGUAACAACACCCUAGUAACUAGUGGAAAUGGUAAGCUAAGUAACGUAGAGUCUAAUAAAAAGUAUAGCGAAAUUUGUGUGAACAACAAUAUACUGUGCAGAAAAGUAAUAAAGCAGACGGUGAUGACGAUUUGUUACGGAGUAACGAGGAUCGGAGCAAUAGAUCAGGUGGAGUCAAAGUUGAAGGAUAUAAAGAAAAUUUCAUAUUUAUCACCAUCGGAACUCAGAGGACUUGCAGCUUACUUGGCCAACAAAAUACUCUCGAGCAUUUCAACAAUCUUCUCCGAGGCAAUGUCCAUCAAAAAUUGGCUCGACGAGAUCAGCUGUGUCCAUAACAAGUUCAACAUUCCAGUCACCUGGAUAAGCCCGAUAGGACUCCCAUGUGAACAGCCGUACUGCAAGUCGGUAACCAAGGUUGUUAGGACGCCUUUGCAGGCAAUAAACGUUUCAAAGUAUGUUAGUUCAGUUGAUAAAAGGAGACAGAAGUUGGCAUUCCCACCCAACUUCAUCCACUCACUCGACGCCUCACACCUCAUGAUGACUGCAACUGAGGUUUUCAAACACACUCAGAGCUUCGCGACAGUUCAUGACAGUUACUGGAUCCACCCUGACAAGGUCGACAUGAUGCACACCCAUAUUCGAAACGAGUUUUUCAACAUGCACACGAAACCGAUACUGGACGAUUUGCACAAAUCUGUUCUAAACAAACUUCAAAUCGAUUUUAGGCCGCCUCCUAAGAAAGGAAAUUUUAAUCUCGAACACGUACUAGAUAGUAAAUAUUUUUUUCACUAA